AGUUCACUGCGAGCGCUUAUAGCGUCUGGUGCGUUGCGACAGAAGAUCGAGUGCCAAGAAGCAACCAACCGAAAAACACAUCAACCAAUAUACCGCAAAGCGAGAGAACAAACAAACUAAAGGAUAUAAUCCCAACAUAAAGCGAACUCGUGCAGUCAUUUGGUGCAAAAGUUGUGCGUGCAAUGGGCCGUGAUUCGGAUGUUGCACGAUUUUAAUUAAAUCGCCAGUUAUUGAAAGAAUUAAAACAAAACACGGAGAACACAUCACAGUUGAAUUAAAUUGCGCUGAACGGGAAACCCACAGACACGUCGUGUUGCACGGUUGAUUCAGUACCAGGAUCGCAGCCCUUCCUAUAUUCAUAUUCGUAUUCAUAUUCAUACUCGGUGCGCGCGUAAUUCCUGUCGGCUGUCCUUGUCGUAUUGUUUAUGGAUUUGUUGGUUUUUGGUUCCGCGAGUGUCCCUCUAACACGUAGCAGUGGCGUCAACAGGGGGUUUUGAUUGCUCCAUGAAAUUCAUAUGUGAAUUUUGUUGCUGCCGAAUUAAUACCAGUAGCUUUUUCUUGAUGUUUAUGCAUCGUCCUUCGACACCAAGCACCAAUCGGAUUCAGUGAGCCAAAGGUCCUGACCUCUCGAAAGCAGAAGGAAGUGGAAAGCCAUUUUAAGAUUAGAACGAGGCUGAAACACAAACAAACGCCCGGGACUUCACCACUCCACAAUGCGUCUACCGCGCACUUUUCCAGCGCUUUGGCUCUGGGCCGUGCUACCCUUGGCCACCCCCGGCAUUCUGGGCUAUCCAAACACCCAGUCACAGCCGGCACUGGUCACCUAUGUGACGACCUCGUCGUCGUCCAGUCAGCGGGGCCACUCCGCCAGUCCGCACCUACAGCCCGCAUUCGUCUAUGAGUCACCCCUUCCGGAAGAGGAAGAAGGUUCCAAGCAUUCACUGGCCACAUCCACAUCCUCAUCCACAUCCGAUGUCCGAGACGAGAAGACGACCGAGUCGUCAAAGAAAGUCAUAGGUUCCAGUGCAAACCCUUCAGUGUCCGUGAUUCUCGACGGAAAUGAGCCGCAAUUUACAGAUGCCCUUGGACACAAAGUUCCCAAACCACAGCCAUCAUUGCAAGUGGCUAGUCCAAUCGAUCUCCUUAACCCAGACCGCUACGAAUUCUAUACGUUCGACGAUCACGGCGAGCUAGUCAAGCGGUUGAUGACCAUGCAGGAGAUUCAGAGUAUCGUUGCUAACGGUGACGGCGAGGGACCAUCGAUAAUUCAUCCGGCUCCGCUAGCUGAGAGCCAUCCCGAUAAGAAUGUCCAAGACAUAGUGAACAGUGUGCAAAAUGUCUUGAAUAAGGAGAUGGCCUCCAGCUCAGCAAAGAAUAGCUCUGGGGAACUGCUUCUUCCUCUGUUGGACACGCCCGACGUCUCAUCGUCUUGGUCACUAAUUUUGCCCGCCAUUUUCGGCAACACUGGUGGGGAUAUUUUCCCUCAGCAGCGCCCACAGCAAAUUGUGAUGACGGCCGAAUCGGAACUUCUGGAAACGCCCAAUAAGACGCCGACAGGAACAACGAUGGCCACAAAGAAACCGAAGCCCGCGAAGCGUAAGCCGGGGACAAAGCGUAAGACGACUACAACUCCCAGCACUACCGCUGUAACUCCGCAGGUGGUGCAGGAGGAGCUGGACCCAAUGGAGUCCGUGUACACGGGAAUGCAGCAAUACCAGCAGGUUGCCGCAAAUAUGCCACAUUUUGAGCUCGUGCACAUGCAGCCCAUCUACCAGAAGCAACCGAGCAGCACAUCAGAGCGUCCGGAAACGACCACACGAAGGGUAUUUUACAACAACCAAGAGAUAAUCCACACGCCCACCUCCUCGAGCAGCGCCCCUUCUACCACAGAAGUUGUGCUCACCCACCAGCUGGCCAAGAAGCCGGCUAGUGUGCAGCGCAAGCCGAACCAGCCACAUCGAGUGAAAAAGCCUAACGGUAAUGGUACAACUCAAACUACAUCUCAAGCCGGAAAGCAGAAGAUCAAAAGAAAGACAACUACCACGUCAACGACGACGACAACAACAACCACACCGGCUCCAGAGCCUGAAACACAGCCACCCACUCAGGAGGAGCCUGUUCCAGCAACAACAGAAAGUACGACAACAACGACACAAGCACCCGCAUCGACCACACCCAAAAAGAAGAAACGAAAACCCACCAGAACACCGGGUACAGGAUCUUCUGGUGGCAGCUCCAAGCCUUCCAAGCCAAAACGUAAGCCAACGUCUAAGCCCAGGCCACAGAUCCAGGAAGUAAGUGGAUCGCAGAUUGUGGUACCUCAAAAGCCUUCCAGACCGCAGAGACCAACAAGUAACCCAUCUAUCACUUCAACAAUGCCAGCGCAAGAAGUAACCACUACAACUACCACUUUCAAACCAGUGAUCACAAGCACUGAGCCCCAAACAACAGAGCCACCGGCAGAGAGUACGGUUACCACCACUUCCGAACCAGAGCCUACAACAACGAGUUCAACACAGGCUUCUACUACAACAUCAACUGAAACAUACACAACAACAUCCACCGAGGCGCCCACAACAACAGUGACUGCUCCUACUACAACAAGCAUUGCACCGGCUAAGACCACGGCAAUACCACCAGCAUUACACCAUCAGAAAUUGCACAACAAACCUGCAAACCGUCCACUGUCCCAGCAACACAACCAUGGAUUAGGUCGUCCAGUUCAUUACACCACAACUGAGUCGAGCAAGAUUGUUGGGGAGCCGCAAACCGAGACCUAUGGCAUAGUUUACGUCAUUCAUUCCUCCACCACCACACACAAACCGUUUUAUCCGCUACCAAGCUACAACGAUGACGCCGUCCAAAAUGUGUCUACUUUACUAACUCCACCACCAGUGCAACAUAAGCCUCUGAAAAAGACGCCGCUUCCUUCGCUGUCACAACUGCAGCAGCAAUUGCACCUUGGCUCACCAUCGCCGGCUCCACAGCUCUCGCCAGAUCAGAUUCUCUCCAUGGAUCAAAUAGUGCAGUCACUUACCCAGGACUUGUCGGCGUCAGACAAGGGUGAAGAGGCUUCUGGUGCAAGUCCGGUGAAAUACGACAGUGCAGAGAGCAAGCUCGAGAUAGAGGCACUAGCCAACAAGAAGAAAGUAGCAGUCGUAUCCAGCACCACUCCGGCUUCAACAACUACGCCUUCAAGUUCUUCUAUUACAACAACCCCCAGCAAGCCCACCAAAUUAUCGACCAGCCACAAGCCGCUUACUUCCCACUACGGAGGCAGUACUUUGGCCACGAUGCUCUCAGAGGAAGAUGAGGAUAUCACCGAAUUCACAGAAUCUUCAGUGGUCCAGCAGCAACCAGCAGAUACCACUAUCAGCAGCCUUGAGAAUGAAAACGAGGACCAAACACCUGUAGUUGUGAUCACCGCUAGACCACAAUACUUUACAGUAACAAGGGUGCCGGAGCCACUACAGCACAUAAAGACUGAUCACAGACAGGAGGAGACGGAGACCACCGAGUUGCCCGGACUGACACAGUUUCUAGUUACAACGCAGAUGUCACAAGUGGAUGAUGACGUUGACGAAAGUACAGAUAAGUCUGUUGUAGAGUCAGUUCACGAAAACGUAUCAGAAGCUAGCCAAUCAUACCCCACUGACCUAGAAGUGAAGGAGGAGGUGCCUGCAGCGGUUGUCACCACAGAACAGACUACUAAACUUCCAGUCUCGGAGACCAGCACAGUCGCUGAAAUGGACAGUACCGAAGUAACCCCCCUGAUCGCCGACCUCGUUCAGCAACUCAACCUAGAAAUGCUCAAGCCCACGGACCAAAUAUCAAUGGCCAAUUUUCAGACCCAGGCGGCCACUGUGGCCUCAACGUUAGUUGACGGCAGCAAUACUCUUGUCUCAGACGUUCCUUUAAACUCGAACGAAACAAAGGAUGAGUUGGAAUUCCUUAUAUCCGAUGUUAUCCAGCAAAUAACCCAAGGCGAUCAAAACAAGCUCCCGCCAAACGCCCAACCAGCCGACGAUUCCAAUCGCCUGACCAGUUUCGCCCAACUGAAUACCUCCUUCUUGCUCCAGCCAAACAUAGAAAAAACGGAGGUAAACCAAAUACAGCAGACGCACGGUACAACAACCGCGGGUCCGUUCAAGAAGGAAUCCACAUAUCCGGAAGCUUUGCCUGAAAGUCCAACGCACUUAGAGACAAGCACCCACCGUAUACCGAUUUUAUCGCUGUCCCAGAUUUAUGCGCAGCAACAGCAAGACGAAGAUGAGGAGCAGCAAGUUUUUGCCAAUGAACGAAUAGAAGUUCAAUCAACUAUGGAGACCAUUGGGCAGGAAACCGUUGCAACGACAGAGGAGAUAUACACAGAAACCCCUUCCGUGGAAACCACCGAUGCUGACAGUGUUGAAUCCACCACACCCAUCGAGCCUCAACCACAAGAUCCCACCCAGCAGACCACUUCUAGCGAGGAGGGUUCCGGCAGCGAAGAACCAACGACUACCUAUAGCAACAUUCCUGAAAGCAACACGAACCGGGAAAAUGAAGAGGAAAUACUGCAGCUCUUAAAAAAUGAUACCAAGGAGCAGAAGCAGACGCCGAACAUAGAUAUCCAAGAAAAGGAGACAGAGCCCGAGCCUUCCACGUCGGAAGAGCCUGGGUCAACAACGCAGCUGUCCGUGGUAGAAGAAAUAACACUACCAACUAAUAUUUACCAAGAUGCCCAGGAAGAAGAGCAAUCAUCAACGACGGAAAAGCAUGUGUACUUAGAACCACAGCCGCAGGAAGCCCAAAUUGUGGUGGAGGUCACUGACACCAACGCCGCGCAACUGCAGCCUGAGUAUCAAUAUCCACCCAGCGGAGAACGGGAGGAGGAUAAAUCACCGGUCACUCAAAUUCCCGGUGAUAUGUCCUUGGCAUCUUCAGAUUCUGACAUGUCGCUAAGCUCCGAGCAGGUUACUGAGAAAAUCGAGUUGAGCACAGUGAAAUCGCAACAACUGAACGACGAGUCGAUGGAAGAAAUUUCCGACGAACUUACAGCUACCAUUUCGGAAGAACAGGAUGCUGAAAGUGCGGAGCCAGUAACAAGUACCCAAGAAAUACAGCUGGACAAUGAGGAUCCCUACGUAAAGCUAGGCGAAACAACAGCGACUGUAGUUAGGCCUCUGAACCCCAAUUCCGAAGGAGUCGGCGAGAAUAAGAGCGCAACUGAAUCAGACGAGGAUAACUAUAACUACAAGGUGAAAUUGCCCCUUAGCAACUACGGGAAUCCGCCAGUAGAUCAAGCGGAUGAAGAAGACGAGGAUGAUCAAGCAGCUUACCACAUACCUCCCAUGCUGGCUAGCAGUACAACUGUAACGACGAGCAGUACUAAAAUAACUAUUACAGAAGCCCCAGCUAGGUCAACAAGUACUACUAGUGUCCCCCCACCAACAACAAAGCGACUAAGCACUUUAAAGCCAGUUUCCUACUACGUUCAACCCUCGCUAAUGGGGGGAUACAACCAACUGGAUAUGCAGCCGCCAAAGGUUCUGCCUUACAAUGCGAAUAAGGCAGACCCGGUCCAACUACAAGUCCCGAUCCAUAGUCAAUCGAUGCUCAACCAGCAGCGUCCCUCCCAACGGCCACCUUUGCUAAUCAAUCUGAUGGCCAGCUCCACACAAUCAACUCGACCACCCGUAAAGCUAGACCCAAGUCCCGAGUCCUCUCAGGGGCUGGAGGCCUCCACCGCGAUGAUGGAUGAGGAUCUGCAAUCCUUCGCCCGCCUCUGCAACGAGCUGGCCUUUAGCUACUGGCGAGCUAUAACCUCGGAGAAGAUCAGCUCCGCCAGAAGUUUGGUCAUAUCCCCAUUUGCCCUCACGUCCAUGCUUUCUAUGGUCUUUCUGGGAGCGCGCGGUAGCACUUCUGGCGAGAUGAACGAGAUCCUGAAAUUGGACGACAUGGUCACCUUCAAUCCGCACCUCAUCUUCAAGAAUAUAACCAACUCAGUGGAACAAGCUUCGGACAGCGAUAUAGCGACUGCUGCUUUUGUGCGUGAAAUAUUCAGCGAUAGGGCCAACGGAAAAAUUCUACCCUUCUUUAAGGAGAAGACCCAGCAGCUUUACGCCGGACAUGUUGAGGAGGUUAACUUUCACGUGGUUAACGACAUCGUGAGACGUCGAACCAACCUUCUGGUGAAACGCCACACGAUGGGGAAGGUUCUUGAGUAUCUACGUACAAAUAGCGUAUGGGUAAACGGACCAUUGGCCACCAUCUCGGCCAAUCUUUUCCAGACAGACUGCUCGCAUGGCUCCACCACUGAUCGUGAUGGAGAGAUGUUCUUCCAAGUGCAUCCUACAGUUCGCCAGCGCCGGCUCGUGCCUAUUCCAGCAGUGUUGUACCGUUCCGGCUUCUUGGCAGGGUAUGAACCCAGCCUGGACGCCACCGUCGUUUCCUUCGGUCGAGUUCAGAACACUGUUAGCACAGUCUAUGUAAUGCCUGGCCACCAGAGCUCCAUUUCUCCGAUGGACAACCUCGACCGACUCGAGCGCAGUCUAGUGGAGACGGCGUUUAGUGACAAGCAGGCCUGGCGUAGGUUGCUCACGUCCCUUAUGGAUCGACCAGGAAUGGAGGUGCAACUGCCGCGCUUUUCACACCGCUCUUUCGUUAACGCCUCUCUGGGUCUGCAAAAGAUGGGUCUACGCGGUCUCUUCAAGUCUGACUUUGCCGACCUGCGGGGUCUAACUGGCGCCGGAAAUCGCGACAUCUUCCUGUCCGACAUGAUACAGAUCAACACGUUCAGCACCUGCGGCGAGGAGAAGAUCUCGGAACACCACCAUGUGGAAAUGUACCCCGCGCCACCACUGCGUAAGCGAAACAAGGACGUAGAUGCCACAGAUGACGACGCCUUUGAUUCUUCGGAGAGGGUCGUGGACUUCGGCUCGUUGGUGCAGGAAUCUGCACUGGGACGAGGCUUCUACGAUGACCUUCUGGACCCGAAAUACUUGGAACUGCCGUUGCCACUCCGUCCACGCCAGGCUCGUGUCCCUGACGCUCCACGACUGCGCUUCGACAAGCCUUUCUUAUACUUUGUGCGCCACAACCCUACGGGUAUGAUUCUAUUCAUGGGGCGUUUUAAUCCCCGACUGCUGCCGUGAAGCUAAAAGACUCACAAGCAAGUGUGGGUCGUUUUCUUGUUAAACCUUGGAAUGUGACUUAGUGAAUUUAUACCGUACGCAUAAUGAUAAUUUUAUCUGUAAUGAACCCUGCUUGCUGUGCCUUAAUCCCGCGUCCCGAAUUUGAUGGAUUGGUCCGAUACGAGAUUGAUGUGCAGCAAACGAUUGCAUUUGCCAAAAUGAAAGCAAAUAUUUUAAAUACUUAAGUGCAGUUUGCGUAAAUAUAUCUUCAAUUUUUCUGGAUUGCAUUUAAUGUGCGGCACACAACGCAGAUGCGGCGUGGUAUAUGAACAGCACUUUUAUUUCCCUUUUUGUUCACUGAAAAAAUUGCCGGAUUGGCAAACAAAUGUUGAACAAAUACGUAGGCGGCGAUUGCCAACGCAAUCGAAAAUUAAAUGCAAAUGCAAUCAUGAAAUGCGUCAAUGUUUUGGCAACUGAACAAAUGUAAUUUAGUAAAAUAAACUUUACAAAUGCGCAAACUAAAAGUUAUGUAUGCUAUUAUGUAAGCUUAAAUAAAAACUCUUAAUAAAAAAUAUAAACACAUAUUACCUAAAAGCA